ACAGCUUCAUCAUUCAGUGCAGGGAUACAGAGAGAGAGAGAGAGAUCUGGUCAGAGACAGACAGAACGAAGGGAGAGGACUGCAGUAAGAGCGAGCUACUAGAGUUGGUGCUGAGGAGCUGCUGGAGCUGUAGUGUGAACUGAGGGGCACUCUCAGCAGGAACGGCUCUUGCCCUUCUAACAAACAGCUGACUGUAGCCAGCAUGGACGUUCUGAAGAAAGGGUUCUCGUUUGCUAAGGAGGGUAUGGUGGCGGCAGCAGAGAAAACCAAGCAGGGCGUUCAGGAUGCUGCAGAGAGGACGAAAGAAGGAGUGAUGUAUGUGGGCACCAAAACGAAGGAAGGAGUUGUACAAAGCGUGAACACAGUGGCUGAGAAAACCAAGGAGCAGGCGAAUGUGGUUGGAGGGGCAGUGGUGGCCGGAGUCAACACAGUAGCGAAUAAAACGGUGGAAGGAGUGGAGAAUGUGGCAGCAGCCAGUGGGGUUGUUCAGUUGGAUGAAUUUGGUCAGGAAAUUCCUGCUCAACCGGUGGCUGAGGGAGAACAGACCUUAGAGGAGCAACUGGUGGAAGCUACAGAGGCCACUGAAGAGACUGGAAAAUGAAGAGUCAUCAGUUUCUCAGAAGAUUCUGGGUGCACUUCCCCUCUCCCCUAAACCUUCACACCAGUGUUGCUGUAAAGACUCGAGGAUCACAGGUGUCCAGCCCCUAAUAGCUAACUGUAAAGAAGGGGAACUGUCCAAAGCCUAUUUGUUUCCUGUCACCUCCUAACUCUCAUUCUGUGUGUCCUACCGUGGUCGCCAAUUUAACAAGGGUCCCUUAAAUAACCAACUUUGAGCUGCUAUUCAUUUUGCCAUAUUCACCCUGUAGUCAGUCACCAUUCACCUUUGUAACAGCACUCUGUGUCUCCAUUGUCUGCUUUUGGUCACCUAAUUAUAUGGAUGGUUGCAACUCGUGGUAGAGCAGUGCAUGCUGCCUGAAUAGCUUUAUGUGUUGGCAUUUAACACAUGCAGAUUUUAUAACAAAUA